AACCAGCCGAAAAAAUUGCAUUUUGACACCCGUGACGCAUAAAAGGGGUAGCACUUAAGAACCCUCAACCAAUCACUCACUACGUACCCGGUGGAUCGACCAAAAGGAAGCAGCAUAGCAAAGCAACCGCCGGCGGCAUGGCAAUAAUGCGCUCGGUGAGCUUAUUACUGCUGUUCCCGCUGCUGCUCUCCGCCUCCGUGCCCACCUCGGUACUCGUGGCCGCACAAGCCGGCGACGACGAGGCCGCACUGCUGGCGUUCAAGGCCGCGGCGAUCGGCAGCGGCCGCGACAACAGCCUGCUUGCCUCGUGGAACAGUAGCAGCUUCUGCGGCUGGGAGGGUGUCAGGUGCGGGAGCCGUGCUAGGAAUAAUCGGCGAGUGGUGGCGCUGACCCUGCCCUCCUAUGGCCUCACUGGCACCCUGUCUCCGGCCAUCGGGAACCUCACGUUCCUGCGUACUCUGAAACUGUCGCACAAUGACUGGUUUCAGGGUAACAUCCCUGAAAGCAUCGGCCGCCUACAACACCUACAGUUGCUUGACCUGAGCUACAACACGUUCAGCGGAGCACUGCCAGCCAACCUAAGCUUCUGUGCCAGCUUGCAGGUCUUGGAACUCAGCAGCAACCGGCUCCAUGGGCGUAUCCCUGUCGAGCUUGGCUACAGGCUCAAAAGCCUUCAGUGGCUCUCGUUGGAAAACAACAGCUUUACGGGUGCUAUCCCAGUAUCAGUCGCUAACAUAUCAUCUCUGUGCUGUCUUGAUCUUGGUAGCAACAAGCUCGAGGGCCAGAUACCACCAGAGUUCGGCAGCAUGGAAGGCCUAAAGCUCCUUUCUCUCUUCGAUAACAACAUCUCAGGUGUGCUGCCACAUUCCCUGUACAAUUUGUCCAUGUUGAAACACAUGGACCUAUCUAAAAACAUGCUGUCUGGAAGUAUUCCUGCUGAUGUCGGCAAUAGAUUCCUCAACAUCGAAGGUAUUGCCAUUGCUGAGAACCAAUUCUGGGGAGCUAUUCCGCAUUCGAUCUCCAAUCUCUCUACUCUGAAUAACAUUCAACUCUCAGAAAAUAGUUUUAUUGGACAUGUGCCUCCUACUUUGGGAAGGUUGCAAGGUCUCGUCUUGUUGUACUUGCUGGGCAACAAGCUAGAAGCGAACGACAGGGAAGGUUGGGAAUUCCUCACCUCGCUAACAAACUGCAGCCAACUUCAGAAUCUGGUUCUUUCCGAGAAUCAUUUCAGCGGGGAACUGCCUGUUUCAAUCGCAAACCUAUCAACAACUCUUGAAACUCUUUAUUUGGGAGACAAUAGGAUUUCUGGGACUAUUCCAUCCAACAUUGGCAACUUGGUUGGUCUGCAAAUACUAUACAUGGCAGUAACUUCUCUAUCUGGACCAAUUCCAGAGAGCAUUGGGAGACUAAAAAACUUGGUUGAGUUAGGCCUUUACAACACCAGCUUGUCAGGCCUCAUACCUCCAUCACUAGGAAAUCUUACUCAGUUAAAUAGGCUUUAUGCAUACUAUGGCAAUCUAGAAGGGCCCAUUCCAGCAAGCCUGGGAAACUUGAAGAAUGUAUUUGUCUUCGAUUUGUCAACAAAUCGGCUCAAUGGUUCAAUUCCCAAGGAGGUGCUAAAACUUCCUCAGCUUUCUUGGUACUUAGACUUAUCAUACAAUGCAUUAUCUGGGCCACUCCCAGUGGAAGUUGGUAGCUUGACAAAUGUUAACCAACUGAUUCUAUCAGGAAACCAGUUGUCAAGCAGCAUACCUGAUAGUAUUGGGAAUUGCAUUUCACUGGAACAGCUGCUGCUGGAUCACAACUCAUUUGAGGGAACCAUACCUCAAUCUCUGAAGAACUUAAAAGGUCUCGCCUUACUGAACCUGACCAUGAAUAAGCUGUCUGGUAGUAUCCCUGAGGCCAUUGCUAGCGUUGGCAACCUGCAACGAUUGUGUCUAGCACAUAACAAUCUUUCAGGUUUGAUCCCCACAGCUCUACAGAACCUGACACUAUUGUGGAAACUGGAUUUGUCCUUCAAUGAUCUCCAAGGUGAAGUGCCAAAAGGCGGUGUUUUUGCAAAUGCAACGGCCUUGUCGAUUCAUGGAAAUGAUGAGCUUUGUGGUGGAGCCCCCCAACUACAUUUAGCUCCAUGCUCCAGAGCUGCUGUGAAGAAGAGCAAAAGGCAAGUGUCAAGAUCCCUUAUGGUCACCCUAACAUCACUCGGCGCACUUGUAUUCUUAGGUGUAAUAGUUACUUUUAUUUAUUUCAUCCACAAGAGGUUCAGACAAACAAAUGCAAGCGAACUCGUUUCCACAGUAAUUGACGAGCAGUACGAAAGGGUUUCGUAUCAAGCAUUGUCAAAUGGAACUGGUGGUUUCUCAGAGGCUAAUUUGCUCGGACAAGGGAGUUAUGGUGCUGUCUAUAAGUGUACUUUGCAUGAUCAGGGUAUUACCACAGCUGUGAAGGUGUUUAACAUACGACAAUCCGGGUCUACUAGAAGUUUCGUAGCUGAAUGUGAGGCACUACGAAGGGUACGUCACCGUUGUCUCAUAAAGAUCAUCACUUGUUGCUCAAGCAUCAAUCAUCAAGGUGAAGAAUUCAAGGCGCUGGUUUUUGAGUUCAUGCCAAACGGUAGUCUGAAUGAUUGGCUGCAUCCAGCAUCUAAAGUACACACUCUGAGUAAUACGCUCAGCCUAGCUCAGAGACUAGACAUUGCUGUAGACAUCAUGGAUGCUCUGGAAUAUCUUCACAAUCAGUGUCAGCCACCAGUAAUCCACUGUGACCUCAAGCCAAGUAACAUCCUCCUUGCAGAGGAUAUGAGUGCCCGGGUUGGAGAUUUCGGCAUAUCGAAAAUCCUUUCUGAUGAAAGUAGUAAAACUCUGCUAAAUUCAGUCAGCUUCACUGGACUGAGGGGCUCCAUUGGUUAUGUCGCUCCAGAGUAUGGUGAGGGUCGAUCUGUCUCGACUCUUGGGGAUGUCUACAGCCUUGGGAUACUGUUGCUCGAGAUGUUCACCGGAAGGAGCCCUACUGACGACAUGUUCAAUGACUCAUUGGACCUUCAUAGUUUCGCCAAAGCUGCUCUUCUCAACGGAGCCUCGGAGAUAGCCGACCCAGCAAUCUGGCUGCAUGAUGAAGCGGCUGUUGCUACCACAGUAAGAAGCCAGAGCAAGGAGUGCUUGGUUUCAGUGAUCCGGCUCGGCGUAUCCUGCUCAAAGCAGCAGCCAAGUGAGCGAAUGGCGAUGCGAGAUGCUGCUGUGGAGAUGCGUGCGAUCAGAGACGCGUACCUCAUGGUUGCCAGCUAGCUGGAUGGGGAUCUGGAAGAGAAGCAAGCAAGCCGCGAACCCUCUUAUAUUCUGAUUAAUUUCUGAUGUUCAAGAUCAUAGAAGCUGCGAAGCAGGAGGCCCAGUGUUGAAAUAAAUCAUUGUACGGUUUAGAACCUUCUUUCAUAGCUAUGACAAAGAUGAAAAUCAACACAACUUUCGCUCAAAAAAAAAAUCAACACAACUGUUAUUUGUUAUACUAGCUUUUAGUACCAUUGUGGAAACACGUGCUAAGCGCGUUCUCAAAAAAAGAAAAAGCUUCUUGUACCA